AUGUGUCCGAGCAGACCCUCAUAUGCUCAACUGUUAUCUAAUAGGGUGAGAUGGAUGCUGCGGGGAGAAAAACUGUCCCGAGCCGAGUUGGGAAACAUCAAAACUAGUUGCUAUCCACUCGAAAUACCAGAAGAACAGAACUCGAUAGCUGAGGAAACCAACCGGCGUAGAUCAUCGCUGAGGAUGAGACAAAGCGGACUUUAUGUGAGGAGUGAGCAGGCUGAGACGAUCGAACAACAGUUCCUCGAGAACCUCAUGAAAUUUUCUGGUAUGAAUCCUGAAAGUAGACCGAAGAUACCACGGUUGCAGCACUCAAAGCUGAUCUUGGAAACGAUGAAAUCUUUGAACUCGGUGAUUCCUGGACAUCUCGGAGAAGUUGACACGCUUACUGAACUGGUUGAUGUUGUAUAUGCCGGAGCUGUUACGAUCUGUGAAUUUCAUGGGAAAAAAAUUAAUGAAAACGCGGCUCAGAGACUGAAUGGCCCCCCUCCUUGGAAGAGACGCCUGGAACAGAAGAUCGUUUUGAUAAGAAGAAAAAUAGGAAAACUCCAUACUUACCUUCAUUCACCAAAUCCAUCGAACAAGGUGAUCAAAGCUACCAGGAAAACGGCCUCCGAAUAUAGGAUAAAACGGAGAGAUCCGGAGUUCAAGGAAAAAAUCUUGGUGCUCUGUGAUAAUCUGAAACAAAAGAUCAGAGCAUUAGGUAGUCGCAUAAGACGGUACAAUGAGAGAGUCACAAGACACAAAAAUAAUAAGUUGUUCUUUCAAAACCAAAAAAAGUUUUUCAGGGACCUUGAACAGGGAAGUACCGAGGGGGGUGAUCGACUUGAGCUUGGGGCAGCUGAGGAAUACUGGGGUGAAGUUUGGUCUAAAAAGACCACAUAUGAUCGAAAUAUGCCUUGGAUACAAGAAGCUGAAUCCAGGAUCCCAACAACUCAAAUGGAAGAAAUUAACAUCGAGGGGUCUGAUAUAGCAGACGUACUGAAGGGUUCUAAUAACUGGGCAACUCCAGGAUGCGAUAAUUUGCACAACUAUUGGUGGAAACAUUUCACCAGUGUCCACGAGAUAUUGUCGAUACUGCUUAAAAGAUCCCUUUCAGACCCCAAUCUCCUCCCAAGUUACUUCACUCAGGGCCAAACAUAUUUGAUUCUGAAGGGUGGAGAUCCGAAAAAUCCUGAAAAUUAUCGCCCAAUAACAUGCCUCCCUGCAGUGUAUAAAAUAUUGACAGCGAUCGUCACGAAACACCUGAAUAAGCACCUACGAACACAUAAUCUUAUGGCCCCUGAGCAAGGGGGUGGGCGAAUAAGAACUAAAGGCUCCAAGGAACUCCUGGUUGUAGACUAUAUAAUCACAAAGCAGGCACGUAAGAAACUGAGAAAUAUCUCGGUCGCGUGGGUGGACUAUCGCAAAGCCUUUGACUCGGUACCCCACUCCUGGCUGCUGAAAGUUCUUCGGAUGCAUGGCAUCGAUGAGAAGGUCAUCAAUCUCUUGGAGUUUCUGAUGCGUACCUGGAGAACCUCCCUCUUCGUUCAUAAUGGAGAUGAGAUGAGAGGAUCCAAGAAUAUUGAGAUAAACCGGGGUGUUUUUCAAGGCGACACUCUUAGUGCGGUGUGGUUCUGUAUGGCUCUCAAUCCUCUAAGUAUGCUACUCAGGAAUACAAUUUACGGAUAUGUCAUUGACAAGCCUAGACAAGUCCGAGUUAACCAUAGUCUGUAUAUUGAUGAUCUCAAAUUGUAUGGGGCCAACUUUGAUCAGCUUAAAAGACUUCUGGAAAUAGUCUCACAGUUCAGCGACUCGAUCGGCAUGAGCUUUGGAGUUGAGAAGUGUGCAACUUUAGAAGUGAUACGCGGAAAAGUCCAAGCCUCGAAUUUUGAAACAACUUUGAUGAAUCAGACUGUAAUACCUUAUUUGGGCGUAGGUGAUUCAUACAAAUACUUGGGAAUCAAACAAGCUCUAGAUAUUCAAACAUCGGAAAUGAAAGAUUUCUUCAGGCAGAGACUACUCAAAAGAGUUACCAUCCUUCUGAAGUCAAAAUUAAACGCUCGAUCACUUUUCACUGCCAUCAAUAUCUGGGCAAUACCCACGAUCACUUACUCUUUCGGGGUUCUGACUUGGUCAACGACUGAACUCAAAGAAAUGGAUAGAGCGUUAAGAUCCCUGCUGGUAAAGUUUGGAGUCCAUCAUCCCCACUCAUCGGUAAUACGCCUAUAUCUGCCACGCCAACAGGGGGGCAGAGGCUUGCUAAACUUAGAGGAUGUCCACAGGGCAAACAUAACAUCACUGAGGAAUUAUUUUCUUAAAAAGAACUCACCUUUUUUCCAGGCGAUCCGUGAGGCGGACCGAAACCUGUCACCAUUGAGACUGUCGGAACCGGAUGUUCAAUACACUGACCAAUCAAUGCAACAGCUUAUCGAGCAGUGGGGUGCCAUGGCCUUACAUGGGCGAUAUCCUGGGUGCCUGAGGGGAGAGCAUGUUAAUAAAAUGGAGUCUCUGACUUACCUGCGAGCCGGAUACUUAUAUCCAGAAACUGAGGGUAGACUCCUGGCAAUACAGGAUCAAGUUAUGCCAACCAGAAUGUACCAAAGGCACAUUGCUAAGCUGGACAUACCAUCUGACCGAUGUCGUAAGUGCUCCCAGGCACCUGAAACUAUACAACAUGUUACGUCUUCUUGCCCCAUUUUGGCGCCGAGAGAAUACCUUGAAAGACAUAACAACAUGGCAAAAAUCUAUCAUCAGAAAAUAGCACUGAAUCUGGGGUUACUCCAGGAUGUAACUCCGAACCAUCUAUAUGUCCCAAGAACAUUAAUUGAAAGUGCACGAUACAAACUAUACUGGGACUCGGCGCUGGUGACGGACAGAAGCGUAAUGCAUAAUAGACCCGACAUAGCGCUUUUCGAUAAUGACAGGAGGACGUGCGUGUUGAUAGAGUUCACAAUCCCAGCUGAUGAUAACAUCACAAGAGCAUACACCGAAAAAAUAACGAAGUAUGGUGACCUGGCGUUUCAGCUGAAGGAGAUGUAUGAUCUGAGCAAGAUUAGCAUUCUUCCGUUAAUAAUGUCGACCAAUGGAAUAGUUGAGGCACACCUACCUGAGAACACCAGGAGAUUAUGUUUGGAGCUAGAUGUCAUCUCUACUUCCCAGAAGCAGGUCAUCUUGAGUACAACUAGAAUUGUUCGGAGGUUUCUACAAAGUUUUUGA